CCAGGGGUGCCCGUUCUGUGGCCGUGAGCCCGCCGUGGGUGUCCGUGAGAGGGCUGGGCGGAGACGCGACACGCGCGGCUCCCCACGGAACUACCGCUCCCGGCGUGCGCUGCGUCGCGGGAAACUUCACGGAGGCGGGGGGAAGAUGGCGGCUGCUAAGCCUAGUUGGAGAGGUGGCUGAGUUUGUUCUAUUUUUGCAAAAUAGAAGACAGAUUCCUGGUGAACAAUGCCUGGCAAAAUCAGUUUGCAACUGGUUUUCCUAUCAGUUGAUUAACCUUCAUGUGCAGCAUUGUUUGCUGUUGAUUUCACAGUCAUGGGACGAAAGGGAGUGUGCUGUUGCUGUGCUGCUUUGAGACCUCGCUACAAACGUCUGGUAGAUAACAUAUUUCCUGAAGAUCCCAAAGAUGGUCUUGUUAAAGCCGAUAUGGAGAAGCUGACUUUCUAUGCAGUUUCUGCACCAGAAAAGCUGGAUCGAAUUGGUGCUUACCUAGCAGAGAGACUGAGCAGAGAUGUUGUCAGACAUCGCUACGGGUAUGUUUUAAUUGCCAUGGAGGCAUUAGACCAACUUCUAAUGGCUUGCCAUUCUCAAAGUAUAAAACCAUUUGUGGAAAGUUUCCUUCAUAUGGUGGCCAAGCUUCUGGAAUCAGGCGAACCAAAGCUGCAAGUUCUUGGAACUAACUCUUUUGUCAAAUUUGCCAACAUAGAAGAAGACACGCCAUCGUAUCACAGACGCUAUGACUUCUUUGUGUCUCGAUUCAGUGCCAUGUGCCAUUCAUGUGACCACGAUCCAGAAAUACAAACUGAAAUCCGAAUCGCUGGAAUCAGAGGCAUUCAGGGAGUGGUGCGAAAAACAGUUAAUGAUGAACUUCGAGCAACUAUAUGGGAACCUCAGCACAUGGACAAGAUAGUGCCAUCAUUGCUGUUUAAUAUGCAAAAAAUUGAUGAUAUUGACAGCAGAAUAGGCCCUCCAUCCUCUCCUACAGGAGGAGAGAAAGAAGAAAAUCCUGCUUUGCUGGCUGAGAAUUGUUUCAGGGAGCUCUUAGGGCGAGCGACCUACGGCAAUAUGAAUAAUGCUGUCAGACCAGUGUUUGCGCAUUUAGACCAUCAUAGACUUUGGGAUCCCAAUGAAUUUGCUGUUUCCUGCUUCAAAAUCAUCAUGUAUUCUAUACAGGCACAAUAUUCCCAUCAUGUAAUACAAGAAAUUCUUGGGCACCUUGAUUUUCGCAAAAGGGACUCACCGCGCGUUCGUGCUGGCAUUAUUCAGGUUCUUUUGGAGGCAGUUGCAAUAGCAGCUAAAGGGUCAAUAGGCCCAACAGUUCUGGAGGUUUUUAAUACCUUGCUGAAACACUUGCGCAUCAGUGUUGACUUCGAGCUGAGUGAUAGGCGCAGCUCAGCAGGAAGUGCCACUUUCAGCACAAGCUCCAAGGAGAGUGAUGAGAGGAUUGUCCAGAAUGCUAUUAUUCAAACAAUUGGAUUUUUUGGAAGCAAUCUUCCAGAUUACCAGAGAUCAGAGAUUAUGAUGUUCAUUAUGGGAAAAGUGCCUGUUUUUGGGACAACUUCACAGUCACUGGAUACCAGUCACCUUGGUGAUAUGGGAACUAGGAGGAUUCAAAUCAUGUUAUUGAGAUCUUUGCUUAUGGUGACUUCAGGAUACAAAGCAACAACAAUAUCUAAUGCACUUCCUCCCCCAUUUCUGGACCCGUUAUUGUCUCCUUCACUCAUGGAAGAUUCUGAGCUAAGGCAGCUGGUCUUAGAAAUACUCCACAAUCUCAUUGACCGCCAUGAUAACAGAGCCAAGCUCAGAGGGAUACGAAUAAUACCAGAUGUUUCUGAUCUAAAGAUAAAGCGAGACAAAAUCUCAAGGCAAGACGUGAGCUUCAUGAAAAAGCAUGGUCAGCAGUUGUACAGACACAUCUACUUAGGCUGUAAAGAAGAAGACAACGUUCAAAAGAACUUUGAACUCCUGUUUACAUCUCUAGCUCUUACCACAAUUGAACUAGCCAAUGAAGAAGUGGUUAUUGACCUCAUUCGAUUAGCUAUUGCUUUGCAGGACAUUGCCAUCAUCAAUGAGGAUAAUCUGCCAAUGUUUAAUCGUUGUGGUGUCAUGGCAUUGGUGGCAGCAUAUCUGAACUUUUUGAGUCAGAUGAUUGCGGUUCCUGCCUUUUGUCAGCAUGUCAGCAAGGUGAUUGAAACUAGAAGUCUGGAAGCAUCUUAUUUUUUGCCAGAAACAAUUUUCAAAGACAAAUGCAAUCUUCCAAAAUCCCUAGAGAAGCAUGAAAAAGAUUUAUUUUUCCUGACAAACAAGAUUGCAGAAUCAUUAGGAGGCAGUGGAUACAGUGUGGAAAGAUUGUCAGUUCCAUAUGUACCCCAGGUAACAGAUGAGGACAGGCUCUCCAGAAGAAAGAGCAUUGUGGACACUGUAUCUAUUCAAGUGGAUAUUCUGCCUGGCAACAGCACAGAGGAUAAGGUUGAUAAUACUGAAGAAAUCACUUUUGAAGCUUUGAAGAAAGCAAUUGAUAACAAUGGACUUGAAGAACAGGAGAAAGAAAAGAGACGUCUUGUAAUUGAAAAGUUCCAAAAAGCACCGUUUGAAGAAAUUGCAGCACAGUGUGAAACCAAAGCAAACUUGCUCCACGAUAGGCUUGCACAGAUCCUGGAACUCACCAUUCGUUUAACAGUGCAAUCACAGCUGUUAGUGGAUGACGAAACAGCCCCUUAUCUACAGCAUUCCGUUGCGAUUUUUACUGCUGCAGCGUGUCAGCCUGAUCAGCCCACAGUCUACACAUAAAUAGGACUCUAGCUUUUAGUUUUCACUUUUUGUUUUUUUAAGGUAAGACAUGAGAGUUUUCUGGCGUAUAUGAAGAGUGUAAUUUUUUAGUACUAACUCUUACCGAGACAUACGAUGUGAAACACUUAAUCCACUGUCAUUUUAUAAGAGUAACACUGUGCACUUUUGUACAAAAAGAAAAUAAGGAGUCUCAGAAACAAAUGAUGUACUUCUGUUUGCACUCUUGCAGUAUGGAGACUGUGCUGUAAAUACAGGAUUGUUUUUGUGGUUGAAUUCUGUUGCACGAAUGCUGCAUGUGAGAAUAACUAGUUUCAGCAUUUCAUUUUCUGUUCUGUUUAUGAAGUACUUUUUGGUUAUGCUAAUGGUAGGUUUCCAUGUUGUCAAUAGUCACAUGAGCUUUGUUUGGGAAAUGCAGGUGUUGUGCAGGUGUUGUGCAGGGAAUUGAGAGCUUGUAACACUGUGUAUUUUCACUUGAUAUUUAACUUCUUCCUUUCUGGAAAUUCAGGGAGUCUGUAAGUUGAUAAUUGGUUCACUUUGGCCUUUCUGGCCUGCUGCAAGACAGGAGUGACUGUAAAAUGUAUUGCUUUGGUAGCUGUUGUUACAUGUAGCUCAUGAAUUGAACCAAAUUAAUUAAGAACGCUAUUGUGCAGGGUAAAGCUGCUUUAUUUCACUUAUCUCUUCAUGUUCAUGAGAUGCAGAACAUAAAAAUUCCAUAUGCAUACUGGCCCUGUGUUACCUGCAACACAUGGGAGUCCUGUCACAAUGUUUAUAAAUCGGUAUCCAUCUGUUUGAGUGUACCAGCUUUUGGGUUGGGUUCUCUUUCCCAUGAUGUCAUUUUCAAAAAUUACAGCUUUUGGUAUUGGAUCACUUUAAAGUAAAUUAAAUCCUUGUUGAUUUCAAAAGAUAGACAUAGCCUGUUGUCAGAAUCAGAAUAGGGCAAAUCUGUCUGUUGUUCUGAUGCUCAUGUAUUCUGUACUGUAUGUAAUGAACCAGUUUCAGUAAAUGUAAGAACACACUGUGCAAUCUAUAUUUAAGCAAUAAAAUAAACCAAAACCUAAAAUCA